UUAUGUCAAGUAUGUCUUCUAUACAUCUUUAAAUAGUCCUAUUUGAUUCUCUAACGCUAUCCAUAUAGGAAGACAAAACCAGGAAGGCAGAAGAACUCUUUGGACAAAAGAACAAGAUGAAGCUAUUGUCAAACUAGUACGGGCCCAUGGCACAAAGAAAUGGACCGUAAUCGCCAAACAUUUAGGAGAUAUUUAUAAUAUUUCUGGGAGAUCAGGCAAGCAAAUUAGAGAAAGAUGGAACAACCACCUCAACCCUGAUAUAAAGAAAGGUCCAAUUACUCUUCAAGAAGGUGUGAAGAUCUUCAAGUUCCAUCAUGACCUUGGGAACAAAUGGGCGGAUAUUACAACUCACCUACCUGGUAGGACUGAUAACACGGUGAAAAACUACUUCUAUGCGACCGUGAGGAGGCAUCUCAGGAAGAUCAACAAGUGCUUAAGAAACAACAAAUUCUGUGAGAUAUUUAAUAUCCAAGCCAAACAGAUACAGUUGAAAUUUUUAGUAGACGCUCUCGACUCAGGAGAUCUGGAUUACUAUCAAAUUAGGAAAAUAGAGAAUAAAGAGCUAAUGGGGCUCUCCAAGAAGAAAUCUGGGAUAACAGUAUCUAAAAUUUCAGGAAAUGAAAAGCAAAUGCUUAAUAAUCUUGAUGGUAGGGGCAAACCCUUAGAUAAGAACUUAGAGCUGUUUAAAAAUAUGCUACAAUUAAUAGAAGUAGACCUUAGUGAUGAAGCUGCUGAAAAUCAUUCAGAAGAACAGAAAAGCGAUAAUGAUAAUGACCUACAGUCUAUAUCCUUUAAGAAUGCUAAGAUAGAUACUGUUGAUCAGGAAAUUCUGGAUAAGCACACAUCUCAAGAUAGAAGGUGCUCCGCCCGUCUGAGGGAUUGCAAAUAUAAAAGACCCAAAAAUUCAGAAUUUGAAAGUUUCCAAGAUGAGGUAAAGGAAGAAGAGAACGAUGUCAACUUCAUUGACAUUCCAACAGUAGCCAAGCCUAAAAAGGUAGACAUGCUGGAUAAAGCUACAAGAUGAGAGGAAUACCAGAAGCAAUAUCUUUUAAGAAGAAGAAUGAGAAAGCAAGGUAAAUGGAACCCUAAGCUAAAAGAUUGCAGCUACUCUGGUUUGAAUAAAUCAAUGAAUUUUAAUCCUGAUCUUGAAGGAGGCUCAAAUAAAAUCUCAGUUACAACCAAAUUAUAUGUCAAGGUGGAUUAUAAUGAUGGACUAGAUUUAAAAAUUAACCCUACAAAUGAUGAAGUUCCAGGCAUUGGAGGAAGGCCAGAGGGAGUAAAUCUUAGUAUAUUUCCAAAUACUCCUACAUACUUCCAGAGCAUCCCAAUAUCUCCUAAACCAAUUUCUGAAAACAACAGCACGAAAACAGCUGAUUUUAAUUUUGCGAACCCAAAUCUACACCCUAUGAAGAGCCCUAAUUACGAUCAUUUCAGAAGAAAUGAAUUCAGAGUGCCGACUCCAGGCAGCCUAAAGCAUGAAUUACCAUUUAGGCCAAGUUUUGGAUCAACAAAUAGACCCCAUAUCAAUCCAGCUACCUCGUUAAGACAAGUCUUCGGAAAUGCUACGAGUAAUAAGAAUGAGAAAAGCAAUAAUGAUGCCACUGAUAAUGAUAAUAGUCAUAACAACCAGGCAGAUGAUUCUAAGCCACAACCACCAAAACUAGGUCCUAAGGGAUUGGAACUUGAUAUUAACGGGAUAACUUCAGGAUAUAUGACUGGAAAUCCUUUUGGAACUCCAUCUCCUCUAAAUUUCCCACAAUCAUGUAAUUCAAACUCGAUCUUUCCUCCAAAUACACCAGAUGAUGCGAAAUUUCCUGCAUUAGACAGUUCUAAACACUUUAACAGUAGAUUCAACAGAGAAGGAGGAAUUGGCAACAUGUUUGCUCCAAUACCUAGUCCAAAUGCAUUCUUCGAGAACAGAAGUGGACCUAAGAAUUUCCCAAUAAGCCCAGGAGGAGGAAUGUUUACUCCAUUUUCUUCAAAUCUCCAUCAAAAAGAUGGGAAGAAGUAGGAUUUUCAAUUAAAACCAGGGUCAUAAGUUUGUUCUAUACCUC